AGCAGUCGACCGUGGUCGUUAGUCAGUGAAAGAGACGAGAGACGGCAGCUUGGGGGGAUGCUGCAAAGACUCAUCACAACCAGCAGGGCAGCUGUGCUGUUUCUCUUAUUGGAGGUCACUCUGGCAUGUGAUCUGCAAGGACUGCCUCCACUGAUUGACGACCACAGGUCCCGUGACCACUCAGAGGAGCUGGUCAAUAUCCUCGUGCCCAGCUACCAGUUCUCCUGC